UAAGAAAGGUAUCAAUCAGUCUCGAUGCGGUAGUAGGGCUGAGGGUUAGGUUAAGAGGUACCGUAUGGCAUGACGUCAUCUAUCCGGGUGUUAUUACAGGGGUAUGGUAUGAAGUAUUCCACUGCAUCUACAGACUCUAUAACAGGAGUAUGUACGCCUCACUCUGUAGGGCGCUACCCUCAGUUGACUCAAUGCAGGCAGAAUUGCAUGACGCGGACUCGGAGUUAACAAUUAACUCCAUCGCCCCCAAUAUAUAACCCCUCACCAUUCUGCUCCUGCAAUUGAACAACUAUCAUCAAUUCUUCCUACUACACCAUGAAGUACGUUAAACUCGGAAGCAGCGGUCUCCGCGUCUCCCCCAUAUGCGUCGGAUGCAUGAGCUUCGGCCAACCCGACAAACAGUUCAAAUGGACCCUCCCUGAAGAGGAAGCCCUGCCGGUGCUGGACCAUUGUUACCGCUCGGGACUGAACUUCUUCGACACCGCCAAUGUCUACACCCACGGUAGUUCGGAGGAGAUCCUGGGAAAGGCAAUCAAGAAAUUCAACUGGCGCCGCGAUGCUAUCGUUAUCGCCACCAAGUUGUGCGCGCCCGUCGGACAUUCGCAAGAAGAGACACCGCUAUUCAUGAGUGAGGAGGAUCGGGAUAACGCUGGCUACGUUAACCAAUACGGACUGAGCCGCAAGCAUAUCUUCGAAAGUGUCGACGCUAGUCUGGAGCGAUUGGGCCUGCCUUAUGUCGACCUGCUCCAGAUCCACCGCGCGGACCCCAACACUCCCGCUAAAGAGACCAUGGAAGCACUCCACGACAUCGUCAAAUCCGGCAAGGUGCGCUACAUCGGCGCCUCGUCCAUGUGGGCUCACCAACUCCUCGAAUACCAAUACACCGCGCGCCUGCACGGCUGGACCGAAUUCAUCUCUAUGCAGAACCUCUACAACGCAACCUACCGCGAAGAAGAGCGCGAGAUGUUUCCCGCCUGUGCGCAGUUUGGCAUGGCAUCCAUCCCCUGGUCGCCCGUAGCAAUGGGCUUCCUCGCCAGACCGUGGAAGGCAUUCCAGGAAUCCGCUCGUGGGCAGACCAUGAACGGGGCGUUCAUGGGACAUGCCAUUACGGACACGGAUAAGAAGAUAAAUGAGAAGAUUGAAGAGAUUGCGAAUGCGAGGGGCGUGUCGAUGGCAAUUGUGGCUUUAGCUUGGGCUUUGUCGAAGCCAUUUAUUACGUCACCGAUUGUGGGAAUGAGCAAGAAAGAGCGCGUUGACGAGGCUGUGAAGGCUACUGAGUUUGAGUUGAGUAAGGAGGAGAUUAAGGGUAUUGAUGAGCUGUAUGCCCCCAAGGCAGUGAUUGGGCAUCGCUAAGAGAAAGCUUUAAUGUACAUAUGCCAACAUCACUGCUACAUCAGCUAGAUAAUCUACUGCUCUGGAGCUUGUAUUGAGUUCCCCGUAAACUCCAAUAAGAAAAACAAUAGGACUAGUUGCGUGGGGCGCAUUGUCCAACAUGACCAAUACCAUC